CCGCCUAAAUUGAUUGCAGGUGAGAGUCUUAGAUCGUUGGACUGACACUUCACGGAUAAACGUUGGCCACUUCAGAAUCAUAAUCAACCAGAAUUUUUUUUGAAGGGCCAAGCAAAGGGAAAACCCAAAUGAAACUCGUAAAAUAGAUUUAUUUGAAAUUGGAAACACGAGUGAAUCCUUGCUGUCACAAUCCAGCGUUGUGAUUGGCUGUUGAAGUUGACGUCACACUCGGAUCCUGCUCUGUUGACAUAUCAGACUUAGCAAACAGCAUGUUGACAUUUGCUGUGCCAAAUAAAUUACACCGGGAUAGCCACACGACAGAUAAGGGUCGUUCUGAAGGCGGCAGGGCAGUUUGCAUGCCUGUAUUAUUGCAACAAUCUUUAUAGCUUCUCAGGGCUAUUAAUAAAAUUAUAUGCAGUUAGGAAUAUGAAAAGUCCUUCUUCAGAACUGAUGAUGCUUUGCACACAGACAGCAAGUCAACUCAGGAGCUUGCGCUCGGAUCAGCUUGAAACAGAAGGCACAAGUGAGCUGGAAAAUCGAUUGCAAUGGCUUGAAAAGUCAGAAAUAAUGGCCGAGGAAGAUCGAAUGAGUGACGAUGAAUUGGAAAGAGGGAAAUUACAGGGCAAGAAGAAAGUACCUCGCCCAAUGAACAGUUUUAUGGUAUUUUCACAUUUGGAACGGAAGCGGCUUGCAGAGGAAAACCCUGAGCUGCAUAACGCCGACUUGAGUAAAAUCCUUGGUCGUAAAUGGAAGACAUUAACUCCGGCUCAAAGACAACCUUAUAUCGAUGAAGCUGAAAGGUUGCGAGUUCUCCACACUGAAACGUUUCCUGACUACAAGUACAAGCCAAGGCGGCGAAAACACCCAAAGCGAAACACAAAAAAAUUUAGCACGCUGUCAGCAAACGAUGUCAACCAAAAGACGAAACUUGCACUGAGUUUGGAUUGCACUUUACCUGCCAUGGCGAAUCAUCCUAUGAAUGCAAGAAGUAUUGCUCAGAAAUCUUUGACUCCUCUGCCGUCGCCACGCCAGUUGUCGCCAAUUCCAUCCGCCGCAAAUCUUGAUGCUUUGCUCGACAACCCAGCGAUACCACCAACUCCAAGCGACAGUCCUUUGGCAAAUCCCGACCUUCAUGAAGUUGAAACGAAAACUAACCUAGGUGCAGAAAAGCUGCACGUUCGAUCCACGGAGGGAAUGACAAAUUUUUACAGCUUUUUGCCCCCAACGCCAGAAUUAAGCCCCCACGUUUCAACCGCCGUUAGCAGAGCUGCUUUCUCGUUCGAUGUUAUUCCAAACAGCGAGAGCCUUUCGUCGAAGGAAAAUGUUUUUCAAACAACCUCCAUUAUGCCAAAUCCAGUAACUGAAACAGGCAGAGACAGUUUUUCGAUAAUUUCAAACUUGGCAUCGAUUUAUUCCACUCAUGAAGAAAGCCAAACGCCUGUGCGCGAUGAUGGUCAGCUUUUUGGGGAUGUUGAUCGAGAUGAAUUUGACCAAUACCUGGGAGCUUCAUUGGAAAAAUCAACGCUCUCGAGCAGUUUGAGGAAUAUUAUCGCGGAGCUGGAGAGCAGUGAUUGCAACAGCUAAAGCACUUUUGUUUGCAAUUUUUGCAAUUCAAACCUACUUGUGAGAGAUGAUCCGAGACUAGGUGAGAUUUCGAAUCAUGUUGGAAAGUGAGCAUCCAGGGUUCACUAAAGCUUUAUUGCAUUACAAACCAUGUCUUUACAUGGAGUUUAUUGUUUCAAAUUAUAGAUUACGAUGUAAUUUAGUAUCAAAGCGUUUGGCUGGCAGCAAAAUGGGUAUUUAAAACCCUUUUGCAGCCGCAUCCUGCCACGAAAUCUUAAAACUAUUUGCAUUUGCUGGUGGCAGAUUUUUUCUCAAGAAAGGAUUGACAAACAAUAACUGGAUUGGUUUAUCACAAGAUCGCUGCAUCGUAUGAGGAUAAAAGCCAUAAUCUCUGGCCAAGACGUAACGGUCUUUUGAUACUUUUAAUUUUUCCUGACAUGGCUAGAUUUCCGUAAUAUGUUAAAGCUCUUUUUGGUAAUGUUGCCCACAAGGGUGUGAGACCUCUGAGGUUUCGCCGCAUCAAGAUAGCAGGACAAAAUAUAUUUCUCUAACUAGGCCUAACUCAAAUUGCAGAUUUUCCUGUUUGACGAAGAAGUUCAGAAAUAUUUUCUGAAACAAUUCAUUUAAUAUUUCAUGCCCUGCCUGCGUAAUUUUCGUUUCAUAGCAAGGCGUAUUUUCUAGCUCAUGCUUUUGAAGGCUUCUUGAUCUCAACCGUGCACGAAUUUUUUUUUUGAAUUGCAGGUCAGGUUUUAAAAACGACAUGUCAUGACCGAUGUGAUAAUGUAUUCUGACAAAUUCUAUCGCGUGUCAUUUUUCAGCUUGACAAAUUCAAACUCGAUCCGUUUGCCGGAUCAUGUUGCAACUGCCAUAGUGGAGUCUCAACUACGUGGAUUAAGAAUUUCUUAUAACUGCAUUUGCCAGCUCAAGCUCAACUAACUCCCCUUUUGUAGAUUAAUAGACCAGCAGGUCAAACUCAACUACUACCCACUGUUGUAAACAACUAGGGUUUUUCACAACCAGACUGUUAUUAACAGUCGAAACAUGUUUCUUCAAUGAUCGACUUUGAAAACUAUUUGAAAGAUUUUUGCAUCCAGUACUUUACUUGAAACCCCCAUCCUUUUAAGCCAAUGAUUUUCUUUCAACAUAGAAUGUCUCUCCAAUUAAUCAAUCAAACGAAAUCCUGUCUUCGAAUCAUAGAGAUUGUGGCACAUGUGACUUUACCGUCCUGUUUAUGUUUUUCAUCAUAGAAAUACGUGUGGUGCUAUGAAUUGAAUAGAGGGUCCAUCGCAAAAAAUCAUAAGAAAUGUUGAGGGGCUAUUUUAUGGCAUUAAUUAUAGGGGCGCACCCCAUGCUACAUAUAAAUUUGCUCUAAACCCACGAGCCCCCUUGCUACACAGCCUCUUAACAACUUGGUUUCCCCAGCCUAUUUAACUUUGGAAAUAAAGGAAAUCAUUAGCAUUACUGGAGAAUCCAACCUCCAGUCCCAUACUUGUCCUCCCCCCACGCCCCCGCCCCCCGGCACCAUGUCAUUUUAUUUGAGUUCACUCAACAAAGUUCACUCACCUAAAAGUUAGAUAGGUGAGUGAACUUUGAAAAGAGAUUUGCAACUUAAUUUCUUCAUUAGGGUAAGUGGAGCUCGCGCGGAAUCCUCUGAAAGUAUCAGGGGCUGAAUAUAGGACAAAAGUGACUCGUUUUAGUAUGCAAAUCCCUGGAAGUGUUUUGAAAGGAGGUGUUUUGUAAGGAGGUGUUUUCUACGAAAUCGACUAAAUAGGAAUCAGCUGAUUUUAACUAUCUCGAUUGUUUUUGUCGGUGUUGACUCAUAGCCUGUUUGCCAGUUGCCUUUUGAAAACAAAGAUCUUUGUACGUGAAAAAGAUUUUAGUUUGAGCCAAAAAUCUGAUUAAAAGCGUCUUGUUUAAUUUGCAAUUCAUUAUUGCAUUAAAAACACUUCGUUUCCUGUACUUUGAAAGCCUAUCCAUGGAAUCAGAUAACUAUGGUUCUGUGUCUGUUGUUAUUGCUUAGAUUUGGUCUUUAUCGUAAUCAGCAAUAUGUCGAAAAUUUGAAUUACCAUGUUGAUCGACUUUGAUUUUGAAAACCGGGAAGUAAAAGAACCCUGGCCCGAUUUAAGUAGCGGCUAUAGUCUUGAUGCGGCUCGGUCAUAGAGGCUCGAUGCCGCUUUCCCACUCCGCUAAAUGCGAAGAGAUGUGAUGUCAUCACUUCUUUGUAGCGGUUUAGGGGCGGUGUUAAAACUGAAGUAUUUUUAGAAGGAUAAUAAUAUACGUGUUAUUUUUAUCGAUUGAAUCGUGUUAAUUUGUAUCACACUCCAACAAGGCUCUUCCAGUAUUUAUUCAACAGGUAGUAAAACAGGGGUUAUCAGUUAGGCGAAGCUGUUAUAACAACAAUUUGCUAUUUUCAAAUAAACAAUGAUUCAUUCACUUAAUCUUGUUUCGUACACAAGUUUUUAAAGCAAAGACGACUGGAAUAAUCAAUCCAUGCAUUUUGGACUGGGUCAGUAACGUAUUCACUGAUAUUCGACCAGAAAUUGGUCUUUUUUACUAUGGUUAACCACGAAUUUCCUUCUGAAAAGGCGUUAAUUGGGGGUAUAAAAUGGGGAUGAUAGAGAGGAAUGAGUCUCGCUCGUAUUGACGAUGUUUUUAACACAUAGAAAGGGGCGAGGGACGAUUCACUCUUGCCAAUAGCGUACGAGAUUUCGCCUAAAACGAAAGGAUUUCUGGGGAUUUUCAGAUAAAACAAUAGGAUUUUCACGAAAUGUGUACGAGAUUUUCUUAGAGUGAUUUGCCCCUCGGAAAGGGGGUUUGAUAAGGGAGGGUUUUUUAAAUAGUUUCGUAAUGCCAACAACAGAGGUGUUAUAGGAAAGGAAAGCAUAAAGGCAAGUGGUUGACCAAAUUCUCCAACUGCUCAAGGGAGCUUUUAAAUGGUAAAAUAUGUGCAAAUUAUCAGCGUAUUUAUAUGCUAUCGUUAUCAAUUAAAUGUUUCGUUCAUGAAAUGUUUUAGUCGCCCAUCUCCGCCGAUGUCCCUCAUACUAGAGUUUGUCUCUUUGGCGAAAGGAGCUUUUAAAGUGGGGCACAGGUAGAAAAGAAACAAUGUCUCAGAACAUGGGGUAUUUUCCCAAAAAUAUUUUCCCAAGGAAAGAGUGUUUUUAAAAGAAAUGUUCACGUUAUCCUGGUGCCCCCAGUUCGCGCCUUUUUACUAAGCCCCUAGGCCCCUACAGGCGCCUGUUGUAUCCCAGCAUUUAGCUUUUUUUCUAGUCACGGUGGAGUUGUUGUUAGAAUAACCCAUUUUGUAUCAGACAUCUUUUUAUAAAAAAGAAGGGUUAUAAACUUGAGCACAAUUAUAGAUAAAUAAAGGUUCCUGGUAUGCACUCUAGGUUUCUAAAAGAAGCUGCUCAUUAUGAAAAUUGAUUCCUCAUGAUUGGCGUCUCAUAAAAAUUCCUCUUAAUUCUACAUAGAAGUAGGAACCUGGGGACACAGCGCUACAUGCCCCCAUUUUCCAUAAACAGUCGUAAAGUUCCUACCUUCAGACUCAGAGGUCCCCUAUUUUGACUACAUUUGCCCUCAAGGUUUUGAUAUCCUUCUAACGUGUACGCGAAUCUGCCUUUUCCUGUAUUUUCGAUCUUGUUGUUUUUAUAUUGAUGAACCCUUGCAUUAGUGAUUAUGAAUCGUAGUGUUUUAGCUGCAGUAUUCCAAUGAAGCGUUUAAGCUCUAAAUAAAUAACAUUGUGUUUCUUAUGUAAAAAUUUUAUGUGACUGUGAAGGAGCGACUGAGGAAACUGUUUCCGCACUGUGUAAGAACACACAAACAUUUCUUUAUUGCCAUAUUUUAAACAUCUAUCUUAAGCCUGUUACAAUACAGAUUAUCUCUAAAAGAACUUUUUUUCGUUGUGCAAUUUCGUGGUCUGUGACUUUUAGUGUAAGUAAAACGUUGUUGAUCUGUAAAAUCCAAUUCGCCCAAUUUGUUCGUUCUUGUUUGAUUGUUGUUGCGAUUUUAGACUUGGUAAUUGGUUCAGAUCGAUGUAUGAAAUAACAGAAAAA